CAACCAAACACAGGCUAAAGAUUUCUUUAUUCGGUACGCAUUCCAAGAUAAGCAGGAAGUAUGGAAUGGAUAUGGAUUCCACACAAGUCAUUAGCAAGAAGGAAAUAGUAAUAUGUAACUCUGUCUCUGUCGGAACCAAACAAAUCCAUUUGCACUAAGCUCAUCUAACAUGUUGAGGAAAUUAGCGAGAAAAGCUGUUUCAGCCUCUUCAAAUCAAUGGAGAGCCAACCCAACUCAAAUUCUCCAACAGAGAAGGCAUUUCUGUAUAUCAGUCCUUCCUGAUGGCGUCGACCGAAAUUCUGAUUCCUUUUCCCGCAACUCUAGAGCCAUGGAAAGCCUUAUAACCGAACUUCAAUCCCAUAUAAGCAAGGUUCUGGAAGGAGGAGGAGAGGCGGCAGUGAAAAGGAACAGAAGUAGGAACAAGCUUUUGCCCAGAGAAAGAAUUGAUAAGCUAAUUGACCCCGGUUCUUCGUUCUUCGAACUCUCACAGCUUGCAGGCCAUAAACUGUAUGAAGAUGCCUUACCAUCUGCCGGAAUAAUAACUGGAAUAGGUCCUGUUCAUGGGCGCCUUUGUAUGUUUGUUGCAAAUGACCCUACAGUUAAGGGAGGGACUUAUUAUCCCAUUACAGUGAAGAAACAUCUUAGGGCACAAGAGAUUGCUGCUCAAUGCAAAUUACCAUGCAUAUAUCUUGUUGACAGUGGUGGUGCUUUUCUCCCAAAGCAGGCAGAGGUCUUUCCUGAUAAGGAUAAUUUUGGUAGAAUUUUUUACAAUCAAGCUGUAAUGUCAGCUGAAGGCAUUCCUCAAAUUGCACUUGUUUUGGGUUCCUGCACUGCUGGUGGUGCCUAUAUUCCUGCUAUGGCUGAUGAAAGUGUAAUGGUCAAAGGCAAUGCAACCAUAUUUCUAGCUGGACCACCACUUGUGAAGGCUGCUACAGGAGAGGAAGUCUCUGCAGAAGAUUUGGGUGGCGCUUCUUUGCAUUGCAAGACAUCUGGGGUAUCAGACUAUUUUGCUCAAGAUGAAUUGCAUGGACUUGCUCUAGGGAGGAACAUCAUCAAGAACUUGCACAUGGCUGGAAAACAAGGGAUGAUGAAUGGAUUGCAUAAUCUAGGUCUUGAUUAUAAAGAACCAUUAUAUGAUGUAAAGGAACUUCGUUCUAUUGCACCUGCAGAUCUUAAGCAGGCUUUUGAUAUUCGCUCAGUUAUUGCUCGAAUUGUUGAUGGUAGUGAAUUUGACGAAUUCAAGAAAUUGUAUGGAACUACUCUUGUGACAGGUUUUGCAAGAAUAUAUGGGCAACCUGUUGGCAUUAUUGGAAACAAUGGGAUAUUGUUUAAUGAAUCUGCUCUAAAGGGUGCCCAUUUCAUUGAACUAUGUACUCAACGUAACAUUCCUUUGCUCUUCCUUCAGAAUAUCACUGGUUUCAUGGUUGGUUCAAGGUCUGAGGCAAAUGGUAUAGCAAAAUCUGGAGCCAAAAUGGUAAUGGCAGUUUCUUGUGCAAAGGUUCCCAAGAUAACUGUUAUUGUUGGUGGAAGCUUUGGUGCUGGAAACUAUGCAAUGUGUGGUCGUGCAUAUAGUCCCAAUUUCUUGUUUCUUUGGCCAAAUGCUAGAAUAUCUGUGAUGGGAGGUGCUCAGGCUGCUGGUGUACUCUCUCAAAUAGAAAUGGCAAACAAGAAAAAGCAAGGAAUUCAGUGGACAAAGGAAGAAGAGGAAAGAUUCAAGUCAAAAGUCGUGGAGGCAUAUGAGAGAGAAGGGAAUUCUUAUUAUUCCACGGCAAGGCUCUGGGAUGAUGGAAUCAUUGAUCCUGCUGACACAAGGAAAGUCUUAGGUUUUUGCAUCUCUGCUUCAAAGAAACAUCCUGCAGAAGAUACCAAAUAUGGUGUAUUUAGAAUGUAAUUCAACUUCAAAACAAAAUUACAAAGGGAAAAUGUAAUUUUUUCUUUUUCCGUUGAAUAAAAGCAUCGGUUGUAGCCAAAUGCUUUCUGCUCAUUGCUUCAAAAUGUGUUCUUGAAUUGUUGGCUUGUAUUAUAACACUCUACGAAGAUUGCAGGAAUUUUUGGCAAAAAAAUUAGGGUUUCAGUGCAA